AUUUAUAUACAGAACAAAGCGCGAGACUGUUGGUUGACAAAUAGGCUUUACUUUGAAUUUUAUCGCUUUUAUUUUGAAACCAUACCGGAUUUGAUGGGGUUUAUUUGACCACUUUUAUGCUGUCCGGGGUGGGGCGAGGUGAAUGUCGAUUAAACACUGAAGAGCGGCUGAGAUCCAACUACAGAAUGGAGCUAUCGAGGCAACGAACUCUCCAGAAGCAUCUGGAGCCUGCAAGACCCCUGCGCCGCCUCCGCCCCUUUGGCAGUGGUGGCUCAACUGAACCCACAGUAAAUGCUGCUUCGUGUGCACAGGCAUUAAUUGACGUUGUGGAUGAAAAGACAAAUAUUACAGUCGAGCAGUUCUUCAAGAUCGUCAAUCCCCAAGACCAGAAAAAAAAGAGAUUGUCUUACUCUCAUGAUUUUUUAAUUGGUCUUGCGAGUUGUUCUGCAGCCAAGAAGAGGCCAGAGUUUUUACCAGACCACCCGAUAGUCUUACCCAAAGCAAGGGAUCCAAGUUUUCUGACAGUAAAUAAAAGCAGUUGGAAUAAUGGAAAAAAGGAAGAUGAAGUGGUCACGGUGUCCUGGGGCCCAUCCCGGCCUACGUCCGGCAAAAGGCUGACAACACCCGAGACUGAUCGCCAGUCACGGCACAUAAUGGAGGCAGACAGCCAAAUCCACCGUCACUGAGUGGGAACUGAAGCCAUGCAGUCAAUUGAAUGUACCACUUCACCAUCAGUGAUGCACCUUUGUUGUAAUUUCUCGUAGUCUAUUAUUUAUAUUUUCUUUCCAAGAAAGAUUUUUCAAUUGCAUCCAGUUGUAUUGUUAUAUAUUUGUAUUAUGGUUGAUGUUUGCCAAUCUGUAUUCUGUUACAGUGUUCAAUAAAACAUUGGAGAGAAAUA